CACAGAAUGAAAUAUAUUGCUUUGUUCGUUGUAUGCCUUAUUGCCUUGUGCAAGGUUGCAAAUGCCCAGGUUUAUGGUGUUGACUUUUCUUCGGGAACAGAUAUCUCUGCUUUCUCUUGCCUCCAAUCAAAUGGUUACUCGUUCGCCGUUGUUAGAUGUUACGAGUCCAUUGGCCAGACCGAUCCAAACUGCCCACACUCCAUCUACAAUGCUUGGGAUGGUGGCAUGCAGCACGUCGACGCCUACAUCUUCCCAUGUUUCUCCUGCGGUGAUGGUGCCGGCCAGGUCGUCGCCAUGGUCAACUACAUCAACUCCUACCAAGCCAAGUUUGGCAUGAUCUGGUUCGACAUUGAGGGUCCAGGCACGUACUGGUCCGACGACCAGGGCGCCAACCAGGCCUUCUUUAACGACAUGGUUUCCGGUGCCCAGCAGGCUGGCGUCAACGUCGGUGUCUACACUUCGUCCUCUCAGUGGGAGCCAAUCAUGGGUGACUGGUCCGGUGGUGCAUCCUUCCCUCUGUGGUAUGCUCACUACGAUGGAUCCCCAUCAUUCGAUGACUUCUCGCCAUUCGGAGGUUGGAGCACUCCAGCCAUCAAGCAAUACAACGGUGAUGUCACUGUCUGUGGAUUGGGAGUUGAUCAGAACUACUACCCAUGA